AUGCCGUUGGUAUCCUCCAUCUUACGAAGGGAGGAACGAACCAUUGAUGCACGUUCUGAGGGCCCAGUGAAGACGUUUGCCACUAAUCAGUUGGCAUCCAAUACACCAAUUGAAGAUGUUCAUGUGGAAGCAGAGUGUCUGCUGCAACAAGGUCUUCUUUUUGGGACAUUUGAUGGGCAUGGAGGACCAGCUUGUGCACGAAUGGUAUCCCGACGCUUGCUUCAUUACUUAGCUGCAGCUCUCCUGCCUGUUGAUAUCUUGAGACAAAAUUAUGCUUUUUUGAAAGGGACAUGUGGUGCAAAGUUACUUGAUUUAUAUGACAAUGAAGGCAUGUACUCUAUUGAGACAAAGAACCCAAUGUAUAGAGCAUUAUUUGACAGGUAUCUGGAGGAUAUUCUCCAAAUGAAUGGCUUCCAGUCCAUAGAAGAUGCCUUCCAUUAUGCAUUUGUACGGGUUGAUUCUGACAUGAGCACAGAAAUCAUUCAGUCCAGUAAUGUUGGAACUCUAAGUUCUGAAUUACUUUCAGUUGCAAUAUCUGGAGCUGUGACUUGUGUGGCUUAUGUUCAAGGAUCUAAUUUAUUUGUUGCCAAUCUUGGAGAUUGUGCUGCAUACUUGGGUGUGAAUACAAGUCCUAACACAUGGGUUCCCAAGAAGUUGACUCUUGAGCACAGUUGUGAGAAUGCCAGUGAAGUACUCAGGGUACUCCUGGAACAUCCAGAAGCUGAGAAGGAAACUGUGAUAAAACAAGAUCGCCUCCUUGGACAGCUUGCCCCUCUUCGAGCUCUUGGUGAUUUUCGCUACAAGUGGGAUUUGGCUACUCAAAGGAAGCUGCUUUUACCAUUUUAUGGCCAAGAUGUGAUACCACCCAAUUACUACAGUCCUCCUUAUUUGUCCUCCAUACCAGAUGUAGUUCAUCACAAGUUGAAUAUGAAAGACCAUUUUCUUGUAAUAGCAACAGAUGGCCUCUGGGAACAGAUGCUUCCAACAGAAGUAAUUCAGUUGAUAGGAGAACACAUGGGAGGACAUGUCUCUCUGGGACUUGUCAAGAUCCCUCCCCACCAGCUCACUCUUGCAGAUGUAAAUAAAAUGCUCAUGGAGAGGAAGAAGCAUGCUCGUGUGAAACCCAUGGAUCUCAAUGGUGCUACUCAUCUCAUUCGCAGUGCUCUAGGUGGCUGUGAUUUUGGAAUAGAUCAACAGAAGCUAGCUGAUUCUUUAGCUUUGCCUGAUGAUAUAGUUCGUCUCUAUAGAGAUGACAUCACUGUCGUUGUGUUGUAUUUUGACAUUGAUUUCUUGCGACAACAUGCAACAGCAUUCAACUAA